GAACUUUGUUUAUGUUUUGACUUUUAUCCCUCUCAGCAAACCAAUGAAUUACAUAAACAUCAUCAUCAUCUUUUCACAACCAGUCAUCUACUUUCUCUAACUGAACUUGACAGCCAGAGCCUUUACCCACUGCUGCCUCAGGCCAUGUGUGUUUCUGUUCAAACUGUACUGAUUGUCACAUGGGCUAAGCACUCUCAUUUCACACCACUGUGACUGCAAGCUGCAGUUCUCCAGGUGCCCUGUGGGCUGGUUGGAAAAUACUUCUUCAUCCACCUGGGAAGAAAUCAGUGUAAGGCUACUGCACAGGCUGCACCCCAAAGUCUGCAAGUCUGCAGUUCAGCACUCUGAUGCCCCCACGAGAUUCAGAGGUUUAUGACUUAGAAUUCCAAAGGAGUACCCACAGCUUGCAGCUCCUGUCCGUGGGAGUUUUGCUAGUGGAGUGUGUCACAGCAAGCAUAAGACUUCAGUUCUUUAGUGUUUGUUCAUCUGUGGAGCAAUUUAGAAAGCCAUCAGUAAAGGCUUCCCUGAUCAGACUCCAGCUCAAGUCGAGUCCCCUCUGACUCUGUGUGUCCUUGGAUUUAGCCAGCAACAUCUGUUUCUUCCUAGAUGGUUUGUGUGGAGAAUGGUGUGACACUCCAGCUUUCCUUUCUGGCCUUUGAAAGAUGGUUUCAUAGGAGAGUGGAGAGAAAACCACAAAGAAAUGUGCUACAAACUCAGAAUCUUACGGGUGAACUUUUGAGACCAGGUGGACUCUUUGGAGUGCUGGGUGAGGGAUGGGUGUGUCUGGGUGGUUUGGCACAGUGCAGAACAAAGUGAUUACUGUAUUCCCUCUGUGCACUGCACAGAAACUGUCACUUGUGCAUCGUUCACAGCUCUCAUUACUGAUACCACAACAUCUAAAUUACCCUAAGCAGCCACAAAACAAAAACCACUUUGGCUAGACGAGGACUUGGAAACCUGGGAGGAGGUGUCAACAGGUUCCACUUCUGCUACAGUACUACACACAGCUCCCAGGCUCCAGCUGGGCCUUGAAAAGUGUGAAAUAAUGAAUAUUCUUACCUGACUGUCCUACUGCUCUCCAGAAAUGUUUCUGGCUUGGGCUAGAAGCAAGGCUUUUCAUAAUUGCAAUGUUGUGUGCUUCUUCAAGUGGAGAGGCAGGCAGACUGCAGAACAGAUGUCACAGCACUUAGUUGUCACUGGCCUCCAGCUGUGGCUCUCACAACAGUGGCUUCCUACAGCAAGGUGAGGACAGCAGGAGUCAUGUUGUCUCCGGGGAGAAAUGAAAUGGCAUCGUAUGGGAGGGAAGCUACAGAGACCCAGCACACAGGUAGUGAACAAAGCCCUGUUAUUCAGAUGUUCUCUUUUCCUGGGAUGUUUCAUAUAGCACUUAGAAAGCAAAGGUGAGGGAGAAAAUCACCUGGUAGCUGUCCAGUGAGGACAGCUCACACUUUGGAAGAUUAAGCUCUGACUGCACGUUAUGGAGUCGACUUGGAAGGCCAUACUGAAGUGGCAGUGGCAGCCUCUGGGUGGAAAGGCUGCGCGUGUGUCCCUGGUGUCAUCUUCCAUGCAGGCUGAGCAGUGAUCCUGUCCCAGAGGGGAUCCCUUCGCAGCCUGCAGGUCGAAUUGUACUAGCUGUGACUCUGCACUGGCUCUAGAGUGCCUUCUCAAAGCUCAAAUUCAAAGAAAGCAUUUUGAAGAAAUCUCUGGAUAGAGCUUUUGUGCUUAGAAGCUGCUGGCUCAGGUUCUGCUCUUAGCUAUGCAUAGGCAGAUGUUUAGUUUUCAUGACCUACCUGGUGAGAGUUAUUUGACUUCCUUUCUGCUUGCUUCUAUUAUUUGGGCAGAACUGGUGACAGGAAAAGAAGAAUGAAAAAUGGCUGAAUUCUUGCUACCUGGUACCAACAGCUUCUCUAAGUUCACAUUAGAAUCCCUGGCUGCCAUUGAAAAGAGAAUUGCUGCCAAGAGGAAUUGUCAAAGAAACACUACAGACCAGAAACCUGAGGAGAAACCACGUCCUCAGCUUGACCUCAAAGCUUUCCAAAAGCUACCAGCUCUCUAUGGAAGUCCUCCUCCGGAGCUCAUUGGGGAACCCCUGGAGGAUCUCGACCCGUACUACGAAGACCGUAAGGUUUUCAUAGUGCUAAACAAGCAGAAGACCAUCUUCAGAUUCACUGCUACGCGUGCCUUGUGGAUCCUCAGCCCUUUCCACCCCAUCCGAAGAACUGCAAUUAAGAUUUUAGUCCAUUCAUUGUUCACUUUGUUUAUCAUGUGCACUAUUCUAACUAAUUGUGUAUUCAUGGCUCUGACCGAGUCCCCUAAGAGUUCUUCCUCUGCUUCAUGGAACAAGUAUGUGGAGUUUACUUUCACUGGCAUUUACACUUUUGAAUCACUGAUAAAAAUAUUGGCAAGAGGAUUCUGUCUAAAUGAAUUCACUUUCCUUCGAGAUCCCUGGAACUGGUUGGAUUUCUCUGUUAUCGUCAUGGCGUACGUGGGAGCAGUUAGUAACUUGGGGAGUGUGUCAGUUCUACGAACAUUCAGGGUUCUGAGAGCUUUAAAAACCAUUUCAGUAGUCCCAGGACUCAAGAUCAUCGUAGGGGCACUUAUCCAGUCUGUUAAGAAGCUUUCUGAUGUUAUGAUUCUGACUGUUUUCUGCCUGAGCGUCUUUGCUCUCAUAGGCCUCCAGCUUUUUAAGGGCAACUUGAGAUACAAAUGUACCAAGAACUCUACAGAGCUCACUAAUAAAACAUAUGACUUGUAUGAAAUGUUUGCUAACGACACAGGUAAUUUUUUCUUGAAAGAGGGCACCUCGGAUAUUUUGCUAUGUGGCCCUAGUGCUGGGACCUGUCCCCCAGGCUACAUCUGCUUCAGAACCGGGCCAAAUCCUGACCACGGUUUCACGAGUUUUGACACGUUUGGCUGGGCUUUUCUUUCCCUGUUCCGCCUGAUGACCCAGGACUACUGGGAGCGUCUGUACCAGCAGACCCUCAGAGCUUCUGGGAAGGUGUAUAUAUUCUUCUUCAUGCUGGUCAUCUUUCUGGGCUCAUUUUAUCUAGUCAACUUGAUUCUGGCUGUAGUAACCAUGGCAUAUGAAGACCAGAACAGAGCCACCAUUGCUGAAACAGAGGCAAAGGAAAGAAGAUUUCGGGAAGCCAUGGAAUUAUUACAGAAGGAACAGGAGUCACUGGCUAUUAAAGGAAUUGAUAUCCUGUCAAUUAGCUCCCUUGAAGCCUCUUCUCUGUCUACUAAAGAAAUCAAAGAAAGAAGCAACAGAAAAACGAGACAGAAAUCCUUGGGGAUAGAAGAUAAUGAAGAAGAACAAUUCCCUAAAUUGCAGCCCACAGACAACCAGAGGAAGUUGUCUUUCCUCGGGCUGGCACACGGCUCCCACGCGCACCGGGCGAUGCGCAGACCUAGCCACGGCAGCCUGUUCAACUUCCAACUGCCUGCUUCAGAGGUCGACUGCAGAGUGGACUUCGGCGAGGAGGGAGCGCGCAGCGCCGGGGAGCAGGAGGCCCCGCGCCGCUCGCUGUCGGUCACGCAGAUGGGAAGGCGCUCCAGUGCCCACAGUCAGAAGACACACAGCUCUCACCCCGCUACCCCCAGCUACCUGCAGGGCAGCAAGUGGGCUCACACAGAUGACUGCAAUGGCGUGAUUUCAGUGACGGGAGGGGGAAGCAGCAGAGGGCACAGUCUAGACCCAGCGACUUCGGAAGGAGUAGUGCUUCCACCAGUAAUGGAAGACCUGGGAAAAGGGGAUCUGGCAGCUGUAAAUGAUGAGAGCAGCAUGAUGCAUUUGCCUCCUCAUCUGUCAGUGGAGCACUUUAACGAGGCACUUCAGAGACAAAGGGCAGCAAGCGUAGUCAGCAUAAUUACCAGUGUCUUGGAGGAACUUGAAGAAUCUCAGCGGAGAUGCCCGCCGUGCCUGAGUGAUUUUGCUUUAAAGUAUCUAAUCUGGGACUGUUGCCCACUUUGGUUGAGAAUCAAGCAAAAAGUGGCUGCUUUCAUAAAGGAUCCUUUUAUUGAUCUCACCAUCACUGUUUGCAUCGUGGUGAACACUUUGUUUAUGGCACUGGAGCACAAUAAUAUGUCAGAUAGUUUCAAAUUGAUGCUUAAUGUGGGCAACUUGGUUUUUACAGGGAUCUUCACUGCAGAAAUGAUCUUAAAAAUCAUUGCUCUGGAUCCCUAUUAUUAUUUUCAGCAGCCUUGGAAUAUUUUUGACAGUGUAAUUGUCACCCUGAGUUUAAUUGAACUCAGCUUACCCAAACACAAAAGCAAGAAAGAAAGACGAAAAGGAGGAGUGCUGUCAGUGCUGCGAUCCUUCAGACUGCUGAGGGUCUUCAAACUGGCAAAGUCCUGGCCCACCUUAAACACACUAAUUAAAAUCAUUGGCAACUCCCUGGGAGCUCUGAGCAACCUGACCCUUGUGCUGGGAAUCAUCGUGUUCAUUUUCGCUAUAGUAGGGGUGCAGCUCUUCGGGAGGAGCUACUGGGAGAACAGGCACAAGAUCACCGAAAGCGGCAAGCCGCGCUGGCACAUGAUGGACUUCUUCCACUCCUUCCUCAUCGUCUUCCGCAUUCUGUGUGGGGAGUGGAUCGAGACCAUGUGGGACUGCAUGGUGGUUGCUGAACAACCACUCUGCCUUCUGGUCUUCCUGCUGGUCAUGGUGAUAGGAAAUUUAGUGGUUCUCAACCUUUUCAUUGCCCUGCUGCUGAACUCUUUCAGUGCUGACUGUCUCCAGACGGCAGAGGAUGACAGAGAGAUGAACAAUCUUCGAAUCGCUUUUGCUCGGAUUCACAGGGGACUCCUCUUUGUGAAGAGGGUUACAUGGGACACCUGUUGUGGAAAGCUCAGGCACAUAAAGAAAGCCCACAGGAAGAAAAUGGAGUUGACUGCACAGAACCCACUUGAAUUCAAGCCUGGAGAAAGAAAAAAUUGUAAAGAGAACUACAACAAUGAAUGGCUUGAGAAAAAUGCAGACAAAUGCUCAGGGCUUGAAGACUUUGUUACCAACCCCAAUGUAUUUGUUUGUGUCCCUAUUGCUGAGGCAGAGAACACAAGUGAGGGAUUUGAAGACGGUGAUAACCUGAGCACAUGUACAGACCCAGAAUACAGCAAACAGGAUGAAAAUCACCUGAGGCAAAGGGGAGAAAGAGGGAAAAAUUCAGGCAGCUGGAGCAAAGGAUCAGGAUUUUCCUCUGAAGAACUCAGUCUGCUCUACCUAGGAAAGGAUAAGAAGGCUGAACCCUCAUCACCAGAACUUUGCAGUGUCAGCCCUUCUGAAGGCAGCACAGUGGAUCUGACAAAUCCUGAAGACCUCUUGAGACAAAUGCCAGAGUUUAAUGAAGACUUCAAGACUCCAGAAAAUUGCUUUCCAGAAGGUUGUGUCCAGUAUUUCCGUUGUUACGUGGGUAGUGCCUUAAAGCUUGGAGGAGAAAAGUGGUGGAAUCUGAGGAAAACCUGCUACCAGAUUGUUGAGCACUCCUGGUUUGAGUCCUUUAUCAUAUUCAUGAUUCUUCUGAGCAGCGGAGCCCUGGCAUUUGAGGACGUUCAUAUAAACGAGAGAAAAAGCAUUAAAAAUAUGUUGGCGUUUCUUGACAAAAUGUUUACUUUCAUCUUUGUUCUGGAAAUGCUCCUGAAAUGGGUGGCUUAUGGCUUCAAGAAGUAUUUCACCAACGCCUGGUGCUGGCUGGACUUCCUUAUUGUAGGUGUCUCUCUAAUAAACCUCCUGGGCAGCUCGGUUGGUCCUAUGAAAUCUCUUAGGACUCUCCGAGCUCUGAGACCCCUAAGAGCAUUGUCACGGUUUGAGGGCAUGAGGGUGGUGGUCAAUGCCCUGCUGGGAGCCAUCCCUUCCAUCAUGAAUGUCCUGCUCGUCUGCCUCAUCUUCUGGCUCAUCUUCAGCAUCAUGGGAGUGAACCUAUUUGCUGGGAAGUUUGGGAAAUGUGUUAAUCUGACAGAAGGAGAUUCACAAUUAAACGAUUCAAUCAAUGACAAGAGAGACUGUGAAAUGUAUAAUACCACAGGGAAAAUAUUCUGGGUCAAUGUUAAAGUCAACUUUGAUAACGUUGGCUCUGGCUACCUGGCUCUUCUUCAGGUGGCGACAUUUAAAGGGUGGAUGAACAUCAUGUACGCAGCAGUGGACUCACGAGAGAAAAAUGAACAGCCAAAAAUGGAGUCCAAUCUAUUUAUGUAUCUCUACUUCGUGAACUUCAUCAUCUUUGGAUCUUUCUUUACCCUGAAUCUCUUUGUUGGUGUUAUUAUUGACAACUUUAACCAACAGAAGAAAAAGAUAAGGGGGGAAGAUAUCUUUAUGACUGAAGAACAGAAAAAAUAUUACAAUGCAAUGAAAAAGUUGGGAUCCAAGAAGCCUCAAAAACCCAUUCCAAGGCCACUGAACAAAUACCAAAGGUUCCUUUUUGACAUUGUAACAUGCCAAGUAUUUGAUGUUGUCGUCAUGUUUCUCAUCUGCCUUAACAUGAUCAUCAUGAUGGUGGAAACCUACGACCAAAGUGAAAUGAAGACAAACAUACUUAACAAAUUCAAUAUACUCUUCAUUGCCAUCUUCACUGCAGAAUGUGUACUGAAACUGGUGGCUCUGAGGCAGUACUACUUCUCAAAUGCCUGGAACAUAUUUGAUUUAGUGGUGGUGAUCAUGUCACUUGUUGCCUCGCUGCUUUCCGGCAUUGGUAAAGCAUUUGAGCAUAUCUUACCACCUACACUCUUCAGGGUCAUUCGCUUGGCUCGGAUUGGACGAAUACUAAGGCUCAUCCGGGCUGCCAGAGGAAUCCGCACUCUUCUUUUUGCCUUAAUGAUGUCCCUGCCUGCUCUGUUCAACAUUGGCCUCUUGCUUUUUCUGGUCAUGUUCAUUUAUGCUAUUUUUGGCAUGGCUAACUUUGCCUAUGUGAAGAUGGAAGAUGGCAUUGACGACAUGUUCAACUUCCAAACCUUUGCUAACAGCAUGCUCUGUCUUUUCCAAAUCACCACAUCAGCUGGCUGGGAUGGUCUUCUCAACCCUAUUUUGAACACUGGACCGCCUUACUGUGAUCCAAACAUAAGUGAUACUAUAGGUGAAUGUGGUAAACCUGCCAUAGGUAUAAUUUAUUUCGUAAGUUACAUCAUUAUCUCAUUUCUCAUUGUUGUCAACAUGUAUAUAGCUGUUAUUCUGGAGAACUUCAAUGCAGCUACUGAGGAAAGCACAGAGCCUUUGGGGGAAGAUGAUUUUGACAUCUUUUAUGAAAUCUGGGAGAAGUUUGAUCCUGAGGCAACUCAGUUUAUAACUUUCUCUGAGCUUUCAGACUUUGCAGAUGCUCUAGCUGAACCUUUACGUGUACCAAAACCAAACAAAGUUGAACUUGUAGCAAUGGACCUGCCUAUGGUCAGUGGAGACAAGAUCCACUGCUUGGAUAUCUUGUUUGCUUUUACCAAACGAGUGUUAGGAGAUUCUGGGGUGCUGGAUACUCUAAAAGUACAAAUGGAGGAGAAAUUCAUGGCUAGCAAUCCAUCAAAAAAAUCGUACGAGCCAAUCUCUACUACACUCAGGCACAGACAAGAGCAGGCUUCUGCCACCAUCAUCCAGCGUGCCUAUAGGAGUCAUUUGCUCCUGCGCUCCGUAAAGCAGGCUUCUUACCUGCACCAUCACAGAACCUGCAGUGUUGACACUCUUGGGGAUGGUGCUCCGGAAAAAGAAGGACUUAUUGCAGCUAUGAUGGGUGAAAAUUAUGGUCAGAGUCCUGACAAGUCUGAAACUUUGUCCUCAGCAUCCUUUCCUCCAUCGUAUGACAGCGUCACAAGAGCUAGUAGUGGCAAUCCUGUGGUUGAGAAUGGGGAAACUGCAGGUAAUCAACAGUCUCCAGACACAAAAUAGUUCAUUGGUGGCACCAUGGCUGAAAAUAUUUUUGAACAUCCACAGCAGCUGACAUUGUCAAUACAUGUCAGCUGAGGCAACCUCCCUGUUAAAGUCUGCUGAUCAUGAUCGGUGAGCUAUGGCAGAUGCUAAGCCAUAGCCUUUGGCUCUGCUGUAUUCAGCUUUGUUCAGUAUUAUACAUAGACAGAGAAAGGUUCUGGAUCUGUUUGAUCGAGGCCACCCCACUGCAAGGCUGCUCUCCCCAUACCUGAGUGCAGUGGCAUACUCACAGCAGUGACAGGCAACACCUUCUGACGUUGCCCCCAGCUCCAGCAGCAGGCAAAAGCCCAAGCACCCAUGGAUCUGCUGAAGAGCAGAAAAAAAUGGCAGUGUUGAGAUAAACUGCUGAAAGGAAAGGAGCAGAAGUUUACCCUUAGCACAUUCCUGAUUGAUGCUCUCAUUACAAACCCAUCCUGGGUUAUUUGUUUCAUUUUUUGGUGUGUUUGGGGACUGGUGUACCACAAACACAGCCACUGCAUGAUCCACAGGUAUGUCACACUGUAGUGGGCUUCUUCCAGCGCGACCGAUUCAGAGAGUCGGGUCACAGCAUGUACCCUCUUGUAGUUACUUUACUGCAGAUGAAUGGAACAUUAAAUGCAACUCAGUCCUACAGAAGUUGUACAGAGCUGAGUAAAACUUUGCUUCAUGUUUUGUCUGUGAGGAUCAUUCACUUGAACCUGGUUUCCUCUGGCAGAGAGGCGAAGGCAGCCGUGCUGUGUGGUAGUCACUCCACACCAAACUGUGUUUAUGACAGACUCCCCUCAGACUUCACAGAAUGGUUGUUGCAUGCUCCAGUUCAUUCCUGCCAAAGCUGUGGAGAAGAGAGACACAAACAAGCAUUUUCGCUCAGAGGAAGCUGGCAGCAUCACUUCACUCACUCCCUUACGCACCAGAAACCCAGGCCAGGGAGUGCCACGUGGGCUCCAUCUGAGCUGCCCUUGGUCAUGGUGGUGAGUGGUUUAUGGCCACUGAACAACAAGGCCUUGAUCCAAGGUAGAGGUGUCCCAUCGGUGGUAAGAGGCUUUGCCCCUCCUGCCUGUGCUGCUGUGACGGGAGGAGCAGUUUUCUCUCCCCUGCACAGAU